GUUGCCCAGUGCUGCUCUGGAACGGCCCCCAUGAUUUAUUCAGCACUGGAUCGGGGCACGCAAGCUGUCAAGGAAGCGUCAGCUUAUUAGGCAAGGGCUGCGUGAUUCCAGAACAGGGUCUAACCUAUAAAAAUCACGCACCGGGGCUCUGAUUAGGAAAGCAAUCUGAUCACAAGGACGCCAGGAGGAAGCUCCGGGAGAUACGCAUAGGAGAGGGGGAGAAAAGGGGGACCCGACCACGGACUGGCUCCACCCGUCGUACUUAACUCCCUGGGCAUCUCUCAGAUCUGGCCGCUGAAAUAUGAAGACUCAGUUGCUGGUUUCUACUGGGAUCUUGCUGGUCGCUCUGCUGUCCUGCUAUGAGUGCCGAACCCUCAGCAAAGGCGCCCUCGCUGCUCCCGCCGACGGCGCUGCGCUGCAACCGGAUUUCCAAGAGCAACCCCAGUCACUGCCCGUCUUGCUGCGUAUGGGGGAAGAGUAUUUCCUGCGCUUAGGCAACCUCCACAAGAACCCCGCCGCCGCCGCCGUAGCUUCCUCUUCUUCCUCAACAGCUGGCAGCAGCAGCAGCCGCCACCUAGCAGCAUCUGCAUCGGCCGGCAACUUUUUACGAGCAGCUGUUCAGCAGCUGGAACACCUUCAGCAGCGCUCGCUAGAGGGUGCCGCGGGGCCCUGGGACGGCGAGGAUGACUAUGGUGGUUCCCACCACCUCCACCCGCUGGAGGAGGCCGCCGCGGAGAAAGAGAAGCGAUCCGAGGAGCCGCCGAUCUCCUUGGAUCUAACUUUCCAUCUCCUCCGAGAAGUCUUGGAAAUGGCCCGAGCAGAGCAGUUGGCUCAGCAGGCUCACAGCAACAGGAAACUGAUGGAAAUCAUCGGAAAGUGAACCCCACCCUGCCCUCCAUCCGUCCCGUCUCCCUUUACCAAAGAGAGAUCCUCCAGUUAGCACAUCACUGCGACAUAUAUAAAUAUAUUUACACAGAUCCCCCCGUGCUGUUCCGAUCUCCUGUUCUUUCUGUUUAUUCGAGAGCUUUACCUACAUCGUGUCCCGUGACACACACACACACACACGCACACACACACAUACACACACAGAGAGAGACACAGACAC